AUGGCAAUGGAUUCUGGCACCAUCGCUGCUGUUGCGGCCCUGGUUGUCUCGGUAAUCGCCAUGAUAGUGGCAUGCGCACAGGCUAUCCAACAAUAUGUCAUCACGGGCCAGCUAAUUCGCAUCUGCGAUGGCGUGGUCUAUGGCAAAAUGCCUGGGCAAGGCAGACGAGUCUGGGAAUACUCCCAAUUUCGCUUUCGAGUGGUCUAUUCGAUGCCACAAGUUGGCCUGAGGCCGAGCCUGUGGUUCGACAUGCUCCCGCAGCAGCAAUCAUAUUAUUCCAAGGGGCAUCUCCCGCUUCCAGAUCUGCGUCACAGAGCCCACAGGCGAGUCGAUAACAGCUUCUCUUAUGCUUUGGGCUACCUGCCCCGUCCACGGAUGCGGUCCGAAUACUCAGCUACCCCAGGAGAAGCGUCGUGGGUAUCAUUCUGUCGAGUGGCCCAACAUGCAAGCGAGAGUGAUCUUUUCUACGAUCUGAUCGAUUGCGAUGCGGAUCGCUGUCCUUCCGAUCUUCCAGCUGUUCCUAUGCAAGUUUCAUUACGAGACGCCGCUGUCAUCGCCAUCAUGGCCGGCAUGAGGUGCACCUAUGCCUCGUUUGAAAAGAAGUCGCUGUCCAUGAGUGGUUCAGGAGGAACCAUCACAUCGUCCUGGCAUCCACUACUAGGUGCCACCAUCCAUUUUGCACCGCGCAACUACAAUGCGCUGUCGGACAAUGACGCUCGCAUGGACGAGAUCCUGGGCCUGCGAAUCGGCCGUGGCAGUAUCAGCUCGGCCUGGAUGGCGCGAAUGUCGGAUAUUAUCAUAAUUGCCGGACGCCAGUAUGAUUCGCACGACAGGAGGUCGUACGAGGAGUUUGAAGGACACACUUGGAUUACCCUAUCCAGAAGUCGCGCCAUGGUGAAAGCUUCAAUGUACAGUCCACUACGCCAGGCCCAUUCUCCAGUGCGCACGUAUCGAUUGCGGUCGAUAUCCCCUGGCCGCGACUUUAGGCCUCGUGGAAGGAGCAGGGCGUCAACUCGGUCCAGGUCCCGUCAAAGCGUCACCUCCAGGGCUGAUGGCCCAAUCAUUCUACCACCUGAACCAGCGGCAGGAGCCGCAGGGGAAGCCUUCGAAGUUGGGAUCCGGCCAAGUAAGAAUGACGGCAACUGGACGUUUGAGUCUGAAGUCAGUGCAUCGACAUCCGUCUCCGGCGAUAUCCCUCAACACAAAAAUGUCCCCCAACAUUUGUAUCAGAGUGAAGGGACCGCUACGCCACCAAUCGAUUCUCGUUAUAAGCGUGCCGUGGCGUUCUUGCGCACUCGUUUCAGUUCUGUGCAUGCCGUAAUGUUGAGACGUGAACCUGCAGCUGAUCUAGAAAACGACGGCAUGACCGGCAUUCCAGCGAUGACCACUGCGCACACCCAAAGCGCCGGCAACAGGCAAGCUGACAAGCAUGGACGACGCAGAUCAAGGAGCAUUCCCGCGAAAAAUCAGCCGCAACAUGCUGGAGUAGGCCAUGCAGGUGGUCAUCUUCGACCGCGCAGGGCCGUGCGUACAGGGUUAGAUGGACAGGGUUUACAAGAUUACAUCACCGAGAAAAGGGCGCGUCCCGUUGGUGUUGAUUCUACCGUGCAUGGGCAGCUGUUACUACCCUGGCGACCCGAAGCCGAGGAAAGCUCUGGCCUUCCCGAUCAACAAGGGGAACCAGAAGACUGGAUACAAUCAGUCCACCAAUUGCAUCUAGAUCAGACGCUCUUUGCCAUUCAUAAAUGGCGAAUGAUGCUCGACAAAAGACGACAGCUUCGCGAAGAGUCGAGCACGCAAGACGAUUGGGAGGUAGAGAGCCUGCAGACCUAUCGCUCGGCAUCGGUUCCGUCAAGCAGGGCUACUACUCCUCCCUCGAGAAGAGAUUCUCGCUCAGGAUCGAGAGAAAGCAGGGGGAGUACACACCGAAGUGGGACCUUGAGUCCAAGGGGCGAUCUCGAGCCAGAAGCAAGAGGUCGAGUCAGGACGCCAAAAAUGGUGGGAGAGUUGAGAUAUCAAUCUCCCAGCCCUCUUUCUCUCCAUCGCAGCACCGGCCGCGGAUCUGUGUCUGAUGAAGCUCGUCGCGUUGCCUACGGGGACGAACCUAUCGAUCCAGUUGGCGACAUGACUAGGACAGGACCGUCUGAGGAAGAGCCUGAAAUCAAGUGUGAUCCGUCGAUUCAGCUUAGAGAGAAUCAGACUGAUCGGAAUCACGACGACGAGACUACGAAUUCCACACCGUCGCAUUCCUCCUCGAAGAAACAGCAGGUGAAGAAACCUAGGAGGGUGCAGAUCCUCCUUCCCGGCCACCCAGACGACCCUGAAUCUGAAAUUGCCAGCAUUGCGACCACCAGCAAUGCGAGUGAACGGAACAGUUCUGUAGAGAGAGCCCGCCCACGUGUUGGGUCAUUGAAGAGAAGUGAUACCCGAGGCGGAGACCUACCGAGAGUCGCCGGUGGUGUUGAUGAGAGCCGGCUGGGUGAUCAGGGCGCAGAGAACAUACGUCCAGCACCGGUACCAGUCAAGCCCAUCCUCAAAGCACCCAAACAACACUUUCCUGAAGACGAGUAUCCUGUCCGAGAAGGCGUUGCAACACUGAGGGAUCUCACCAAAGACGGGAUCCCAGCUGGUGCACGAUGGACGAAGAUCAAGCGCGCCCUUGUGAACCCGGAAGCAUUGGAAAGAUGCCGGGAGAGAUUCGAGGAACGAGAUGACAGUGUCAUUGUCCUGCGGGUGCUUUCCAAGAAGGAGAUCAUCAAGUUGGCGCAGUUGACCCAGGAGAUCAGGGAAGCGCGAGAGCAGCAGUGGCAUCCAGAUAGGCUGACCGAGUCUCCAGCUUCAAUGUCUGACAGCGAGGACGAAUUUCAUCGCUACCAGACCGCAGACGCACCUUCUCAUGCAGCACCUCGACAAGGACGACGAACAGCCUCAUCAUCCAGAGGCUCGUCACCAAGCCCCCACAGCCGUCUGACAUCCCCGGCCGUUUCUAUUCCACCGACUCCGACUUCUGACAGGAACAGCUUCAUCUCCCAGCCAGGACCCCGUCGGCGUCGCGCAUCUACUCGAUCCGAUAUCUCGGUGAGGGAGAGUCUAGAGAGCGACAGUGACGACCUGCAGAGACCCCGAUCGCGAAGCACGGGUCGGCGAUCGAUAUUCGACGAUGAACUGGCUCCCACAAGCAGACCUAGUACGGGGUUUGACACGAACCCGCAACCCGAGGAGAAGCCUUCGCCAGGCCUGGUCGACUGGUUCUGGUUAUCGCAAGCAGACGUCCUCCCAGGGUAUUGUGCCACCCCCUGGCAACGCCACUUCUCUGAGUCGACCUGUUUCGGCGCGAUCAUGACGAUGCUAGUGGCGCUGGAAUACUACUACGCGGACGUGUCGACCCUCCGCUAUGUGGAGAAACAAGCGCACUGCGAACAGUGGAUUCGCCAGGGAAGAAGUACGUACCCCAGCUACGCCAUCAACGCCAUGGGCGGCGUGGUGGUUUCGCGAAAGUACCCGCGGGUCAAAUUCGACUGUCUGUCGACCCCGAUCCCCCCAAUCGAGCUCUUGGACUCCUACAGAUACCAGGUCACCCGCUCGGGCUUUGAAGGGUCGUCCCGGAGUGUGAUGGAGCGGCUGGGCGAGUUGAUGUGUCUGGACUCCUGGCUGUCGCUCUGCGGGCGGCUGCCCGAGAUCUACGACGGCAGCAACGACAUGCUCCGCAGCACGCCGGCGCUGGUGCAGAAGAUCAUGACCGACUUCGACUUCGUCUUCUCGCGCCUGAACCGCACCCCGGCCGAGGGGGGCCUGCAGAUCAUCCAGGAGGUGGCCGAGUCGAUCGUGCACACGCUGGAGCAGGAGUCGCUGUCAGAGGUGGAACAGCUCUUUGCCGUGGUGGCGAUCCUGCGAACGGCCAAGAUGGCCCUGUGUGUGAUCUACGGGCCGGGGACGGCUCAGUUGAGAGAUAUCUUGGUGAACGAUGUCCAGGUCUAUCUUGUAUGA